AUGCUAUUGACUAUCCAUAAUUUGCCACCCAACAUAACUUUAGCGGGUAUAAAGCAAUUAAUUAAGGAUAAUUGCAAUAUAUCGGAAGUAAUUUUGGACAAUUUUUUAAACGAAGGCCAGGGCAAGCGGGUAACAGUAGGCUUAGCCGAUGAGGGCGAUGCCGCACUUUUGGUUAGAAAAAUAAAUGGCAUGUUUAUGAAUGGAUAUCAUAUCUUUGUGGAGGAUAUCCGCCAAAAGAAGCAGACCGAACAACCCUACUGUCCAAUGAAUAUACCACAAAUUACAGUACCUGAAAUGCAAAACCCACAAUUUGAAAUACCUAUGAAUAUGCCUACUUUGCAGGCAUCACAAUUAAUGCCAACAGCAUAUAGUAGUAUGCCAUUUUAUAUGUCACCAGUCCAGAAUAAAUAUAUUACCUACAACACAUCAGCGCCUUUAGUUAAUCCGGUACAGCCUGCUCCGUUUUAUCAACAAAGUGUUCCAUUUGAAAAUCAAUGGAAGGAACAAGCUAUCACAUAUCCGGUCUCGGGAUCAAACCAAACACCAGAAGUAGACACGCGUCAGUAUUCUCCUAGACCUCAGGAGACUAACUGGCGUGAUAGAAGUCCCUCUGGAAUUAACGAGGGGCAUGAUCGACGCGAUCGUGAAAGUUUUGACAGAUCUCGUGACAAAAACUCAAGAUGGAAUGUGCACAAUAAUGAGCAAAGAUCAUCACAAAGGUCUGAAUACCGACGUGACGAUGACAAUACUAAAGGUAAUAGAAAUUCGAGAGCAGAGCGUUCGCCACCACGUGAUCGAUAUGAAAAUCGUGACGGUCGUGAUGGCAAAUUUGAUAAUAGGCGUGGUCCUAAUAGAGGCGAACAAAAUCGAGAGCGUUUUGAUAAUCAAAAUUUCGACCAUCGUCGACCAAACCGCGAUGUUGGUCAAAAUAACCAAGAUCACAAGCAAAAGCGAGAUUUUGGAUCAAAAAGAUCGUAUGCUGAGCAUUCUCAAGCAAAUACAUCUACAUACAGCAACAAUCCCAACAAUUCUACAUUUACCCAGACAAAAUCAAGCAACUUUCAAUCAGAAUUCAAACGUAACGAGUCUGAUACUAAUUAUCAUGGUCCUCCCAACAAAAUAUCACGACAAGUUGAUAAUAAAUCACUUGGUUCAACCAAUUCACCUGGGAAAAUGAAUCCUCCGGUAGAAACUUUCCCACAGAAGACACAGUCUGGUCCAAAUCCGAAGAAUUCUCUACAGGCGAAGCUUAAUAGACACAAGACUUGGAUUGGAAUGGCAUGUUCUCAGUUAGCAACAGCCAUCACUAAAAAUGCAGGCGGAGGAUUUAUUCCUUAUUAUGGUGAAUUCAAUAAGCAAUUAAAACGGUGUAUAGUAUCUCGUAUCGAAGUGAUUCUUCACGAUCAUAUUACGUCUUCAUUUGACGAGGUAAUAAUAGCUUACCGUUCUAAAUUCACCGUGGACGAUGAUCCUGGCUUCUUUCAAGCUGUUAUGCAGAAACAUAAACGUGAUCUGAAACUGUCUGACCAACCAUAUACAGGAAAUAACGAAGGGAAUAUUCAGGGAAAGAAACCAAAAGCGUCAUCAAGUUCCACUAACAAUAAAGAUGGUUUUGGAACAAAUCAAAACCAACAAGGCUUUUCGCGGCCAAAAAAGGGUCCUAAACCAAAGGCUGCGAAGGGACAGGCAAAUUUCAAACAACAAGAGUCCAACAAAAAUGCUACACGGCCAAAUUUCAAAAAUAUACAGAACCCACAGUUGGAUAUAAGUAAGCCGUCGGAUCUUUCGCAAAGACUGCCGAAAUACCCUAAAGGAGACAAACAAAUAUACAAAGAUCAAAAGAAGCUGGAAAAAUUGGAAGUCACGAAAGAAGUGUACACUUUGGAGCCGGUAUUGAAAAAGGCACUCGAUGAGGAAAUGAAGCUAUUUUGUGAUGAGUUUAUAGCAGCAUGUAUGGAACCUUCGAAAAAGGAAGAUGAGAACUACUUACGCUUGAAAAUCAAGGACGUAGUUUUGCCGAAAUUUAAGCAGAUUGUCGAAUUGCACUUGACGAAGCGCUUGUUAAAUAUAUCAAACAAUCUCGUCAUAAGAAUAUUUUCUCAUCCGAAAAUGCCUAAACGUGAUGUCUUAGAUGAGUUCCUAAAACAGUAUGAUGUGGCCAGCUUGAAGAAAUCAGACAAGAAGAGAUUGUACCUAGCAACAUGCGCUAAUUACAAAACUUAUGAUGACCUUCUCCAUUUAGCAAAGGCUACCGUUGGUGAUAAUAUUAUGCUACACUUUAAACCACUAAAUUUAACUCCAAAGAUAAGCAAGAAUGCUAAUAAAAUGCAAAGAAGAGCGUACUCACAACCCGAAAAUAAUAUGGAUAUUGAAGAUGUAGAAGGUGGCGAUGAUCAAGGAGAUGAAUAUGGUGACCCUGAUGAUAAUGAAGAUGAUGUAGAUGACGACACGAAGUUUGAUGACAAUAUAUAUCCUGAUGACAAUGAUAUACAUUCUGAUGACGUCCAAGAAAAAUCUGAUGAUACAAAACCUCGUCUUGACGAUUCAGAUGUGGUUUUACUAGAAACCAAAAACGAAGUUGUAGUUAUUGAAGAUAAUGAUAAAAGCCCAAAUAAAAUUUCAGAUGAUGUGAAAAAUAAUGAACCUACAGAUGGACCAAAUCUAAAUAAAGAUGACGAUGUCAAUAAAAAUAUUGCUACGGUUGAUGAUCAGGAAAAUAAAGCAUCGAGUGUGGAAAAUAAUGAUGAAAAGAAUUCAGACCAAGUUGAGAAGUUUGAUGAAGGCGUAGUGGAUGAAGUACACGUGGGCGAUGACGAUUUGGAAGAUUUC